AUGGAGUCAGAGCAGCUGUACCACAGAGGCUACUCCCAGAACAGCUACAACAGCAUUGCCAGCGCCAGCAGCGACGAGGAGCUGCUGGAUGGAGCUGGCAUCGUCAUGGACUUUCACACCACUGAGGAUGACAACCUGCUCGACGGGGACGCUUCCUCCCCAGGGUCUAACUAUGCCAUGUCUAAUGGGGGUGGUGCACCCAGCAGCUCCACCCACCUGCUGGACUUCUUAGAGGAGCCCAUUCCGGGCGUGGGCACGUAUGACGACUUCCACACCAUCGACUGGGUGCGCGAAAAAUGCAAGGACCGUGAGAGGCACCGGAAGAUCAACAGCAAGAAGAAGGAGUCGGCGUGGGAGUUCUCGAAGAGUCUGUAUGACGCCUGGUCUGGAUGGCUGGUGGUAACGCUAACAGGCUUAGCCUCCGGCGCGUUGGCCGGUCUGAUCGACAUAGCUGCGGACUGGAUGAAUGACCUGAAGGAGGGCGUGUGUCUGAGUGCCAUGUGGUUCAAUCACGAGCAGUGCUGCUGGACGUCCAACGAGACCACGUUCGCCGAAAGGGACAAGUGUCCCCAGUGGAAGAGCUGGGCCGAGCUGAUUCUGGGCCAGGCUGAGGGUCCGGGCUCAUACAUCAUGAACUACUUCAUGUACAUCUACUGGGCACUGUCCUUUGCCUUCCUCGCCGUGUGUCUCGUCAAGGUUUUUGCUCCAUACGCCUGCGGAUCAGGGAUUCCAGAGAUCAAGACCAUCUUGAGCGGAUUCAUCAUCAGGGGAUACCUGGGCAAGUGGACCCUGAUGAUAAAGACCAUCACUUUGGUGCUGGCAGUGGCGUCGGGCCUGAGUCUAGGAAAAGAGGGUCCGCUGGUCCACGUGGCCUGCUGCUGCGGGAACAUCUUCUCUUACCUCUUCCCCAAGUACAGCAAGAACGAGGCCAAGAAACGAGAAGUUCUCUCUGCCGCGUCGGCGGCCGGCGUGUCGGUGGCGUUCGGAGCGCCGAUAGGUGGUGUCCUCUUCAGCCUGGAAGAGGUGAGCUACUACUUCCCUCUCAAGACACUGUGGCGCUCCUUUUUCGCCGCCCUGGUGGCCGCCUUUGUCCUGCGUUCCAUUAACCCAUUUGGAAACAGCCGCCUGGUUCUGUUCUACGUGGAGUACCACACCCCCUGGUACCUGUUCGAGCUCAUCCCCUUCAUCCUUCUGGGAGUUUUCGGGGGCCUGUGGGGGGCCUUCUUCAUCCGAGCCAACAUUGCUUGGUGUCGGCGUCGGAAGUCGACCCGCUUCGGUAAGUAUCCAGUAUUGGAGGUGAUCCUGGUGGCCGCGAUCACAGCCGUCGUCGCGUUCCCCAACCCGUACACCCGCCAGAACACCAGCGAGCUGAUAAAGGAGCUCUUCACCGACUGCGGCCCGCUAGAGUCCUCGCAGCUCUGCCAAUACCGCAGCCAGAUGAACGGCAGCAAGGCCUUUUCGGAAUACCCCAACCGGCCGGCCGGGCCUGGCGUGUACACUGCCAUGUGGCAGCUCUGCCUCGCGCUCAUCUUUAAAAUCAUCAUGACCAUAUUCACCUUCGGCCUCAAGGUCCCGUCAGGUUUGUUCAUUCCUAGCAUGGCCAUCGGGGCGAUCGCGGGGCGGAUCGUUGGCAUUGCUGUGGAGCAGCUGGCAUAUUACCACCACGACUGGUUCCUGUUCAAAGAGUGGUGUGAGGUCGGAGCAGACUGUAUCACGCCGGGACUGUAUGCCAUGGUGGGGGCCGCGGCCUGCCUUGGCGGCGUGACCCGUAUGACCGUCUCCUUGGUCGUCAUCGUCUUCGAGCUGACCGGCGGCCUCGAGUACAUCGUGCCCCUCAUGGCUGCCGUCAUGACCAGCAAAUGGGUGGGAGAUGCUUUCGGCCGCGAGGGGAUCUACGAGGCCCACAUCCGUCUCAACGGGUACCCCUUCCUGGACGCCAAGGAGGAAUUCACGCACACGACGCUCGCUAGGGAGGUGAUGAGGCCGCGCCGCUGCGACCCGCCGCUCGCUGUGCUGACGCAGGACGACCUGACCGUGGAGGACCUGCAGGGUGUCAUCAACGAAACCAGUUUUAAUGGUUUUCCGGUGAUCGUGUCCAAGGAGUCCCAGAGGCUUGUGGGUUUCGCUCUGCGCAGAGAUAUCACCAUCGCUAUAGAGAACGCUCGCCGCAAACAAGAGGGCAUCGUGUUGAACUCCAGGGUGUACUUCACUCAACACGCCCCCGCCCUCCCCGCCGACAGCCCGCGUCCCCUCAAGCUGCGCUCCAUCCUCGACAUGAGCCCCUUCACCGUCACCGACCACACCCCCAUGGAGAUUGUGGUGGACAUCUUCAGGAAGCUGGGGCUGCGCCAGUGCCUGGUCACUCACAACGGGAUUGUGUUGGGCAUCAUCACAAAGAAGAAUAUAUUAGAGCAUCUGGAGGAGCUCAAGCAGCACACGGAGCCCCUGGCGGCUUCUUGGCAUCGUGACAAAAAAGGAUAUCCUGCGUCACAUGGCUCAAAUGGCAAACCAAGAUCCCGAGUCCAUCAUGUUCAACUGAUCCGCUCCUUUCAGGACGGAUGGGAGGAGGAAGAAGUGUGCCUCUUGGAUGGCGCAAAUCUCUGACAUGCAGACCUUUUUCCCAUGUUUUUCCUUUUUUGUGCUUCAUCCACUCUUGAGUUGGGAGAUUUGACACGCACACCUGGUUACACGUGGUUGUAAUUGUCACUUCGCCCCAAUUGAUUUUUGCAAAUGUUCCAGAUGGUGCAAUCUUUUUUUUCUUUUUUUUAAUAGCGAUCCGUCCAUCAUUGUGAAGUCCCCCCCCCCCCCUCCCCCAAAACGACAUCUGUGAAUUUCUCGUAUGCGAUUAACUUUCCCCUACUGCUACUUUUCCCGUUUGGCGCCACUUUGAACCAGCGGGGAGCACAUUUGCCUCACGGUUCGGAGGUUCUGUGUUUGAAUCCCGAGUGGAGUUUGUCAACGUUCUCUCCGGCGCUUGUGUGGCUUUUCUCUGGCAUCCUCCCACAACACGCUAGGAUAAUUGAAGACUAAAUUGUGCAUACGUGUGAGUGUCAAUUGUCUGGCGACCGGUUCAGCGUGUACCCCACCUCUCCCUUGACCUCCAUAGAAAAUGGACGGACAAAGGCUCGUUAGUGAGUCCCCGAGUCGGCCGAUAUUGGCUCCGGCUCACGCUCGACUGAGGACCCGUGCACGAGAAACUCGAAUUGAAAGACAAAUCGGGUAACCCGUUCAAUGUGUAUCUCAGCGCAGAGGCUUGACUUUGCGCUCCACUGCAAACCGACUGAAGAUGUUGCCGUCCGUCCGUCCGUCCGUCCGUCCGUCCUACUGCUUCCCGGCGCCGACCCGUCUCGGUUUCUUAAUUUAUGAAGUUGUGCGUUGUUGUGAUAUUUGCUUUCUUUGAUUGUACAUUUGAAACAUGGUUAAUUAAAUUUGGAUCGAAAUUG